AGAUGUUAACGUGAAUAGUUCCCUAAAUAACAGUCUGAUUAAAUAUUUUGAUCUCACUCAAGUAAGUCGCGCACGGCGGCAUCUCAUUGGCUGCGGGCGGACACCCGGAGCAGGUAGCUCUCCUCGGUGCUGAAAUCGCUGCUCGUCGUGAUAAUGUAAACGGCGAUGAGCCCAAAAGGAGUGUCAGCCAGUAAACACCAAAAUGGACGAUGAUCUGUUCCAACUGAGACAGCUACCCGUCAUCCGCUUCCGUCGCACAGGUGAGAGCACGCGCUCUGAGGAUGAUGGAGAGAAUAGAGAGCAGGUUGUCAGGAUUGUUGAGCAGACUGAUCUGGAGUCUGUGGCUUUUACAGAUGGAGCUCCAGUUCCUCGGGAGUUUGCCAAUCCAACUGAUGACACAUUCAUGGUAGAAGAUGCCGUAGAGGCCAUUGGCUUCGGGACAUUUCAAUGGAAGCUCUCCAUCCUCACUGGUCUGGCCUGGAUGGCCGAUGCUAUGGAGAUGAUGAUCCUCAGCAUCUUAGCCCCACAGCUCCACUGUGAAUGGAGGCUGCCCACCCUCGAGGUGGCACUGCUCACAUCGGCAGUGUUUAUUGGGAUGAUGAUCAGCUCCUCUCUUUGGGGAAACAUAUCUGACAAAUACGGCAGAAAGACAGGUCUCAAGAUGAGUGUGCUGUGGACUAUGUUCUACGGCGUGAUGAGUGCAUUUGCACCUGUUUACGGGUGGAUCCUCGUCCUCCGCGCAUUGGUGGGCUUUGGUAUCGGAGGAGCCCCACAGUCGGUGACACUGUAUGCUGAGUUUCUGCCUAUGAAGUCCAGAGCCACAUGCAUCUUGCUGAUUGAGAUAUUUUGGGCACUGGGCACUGUGUUUGAGGUCCUCCUAGCGAUCCUGGUGAUGCCCACUCUGGGCUGGCGUUGGCUACUCGGCCUUUCCACCAUUCCUCUCUUCCUCUUCUCCAUCCUGUGUUUUUGGCUACCAGAGAGUGCUCGAUACGACAUGCUGACGGGGAAUCAUGAAAAAGCUCUGGCCACUUUGAAGCGCAUCGCUACAGAGAAUGGAGUACCGAUGCCACUGGGAAAACUCAUCGCUGCCAGACAGGAGGAACGUGGAAAGAUUCAAGACUUAUUUUCAUCACACUUUCGCUGGACUACACUUCUGCUGUGGUUUAUUUGGUUCGCAAAUGCCUUCUCUUACUAUGGGCUGGUGCUGCUCACUACAGAGCUGUUUCAGGAGGGAGGUGCAUGCGGAAUGUCCAAAAGUAAGAAGAUGGAGCUCCGAUGCAACUUGGAAUGUAAAUAUCUGAACUCUGAUGACUACAAAGACCUGUUGUGGACCACCUUAUCUGAAUUCCCAGGACUGCUGGUGACGCUGUGGGCUAUUGAUCGAUUGGGAAGGAGGAAAACCAUGGCGUUGUGUUUCUUCGUCUUCUCUAUGUGCAUCAUUCCCCUCUAUGGCUGUGUUGGGAGAACAUCCAUGACGGUGUUAAUAUUCAUCGCCAGAGCUUUCAUCUCAGGAGGAUUCCAGGCUGCUUAUGUGUACACUCCAGAGGUGUACCCAACAGCGACCAGGGCUAUAGGUCUGGGAACGAGCAGUGGAAUGGCCAGAGUCGGCGCACUCAUUACCCCUUUUGUUGCACAGGUAAUGUUAGAGUCAUCGGUGUACCUGGCUCUGUCCGUGUACUGCUGCUGCUGCCUCCUGGCUGCCAUCGCCUCCUGUGCACUGCCAAUUGAAACAACAGGCCGGGGCCUGCAGGAGUCCAUUCACCGCGAGUGGGGCCAGGAGAUGGUGGGCCGGGCCCCCUCCCAAAACUCAGGGGAAAACCUUCCCUCAAGCACCGCCUCUCAGGGCUGAGGACACGUCGACUGGAGUACAACUGAGAGAGGCGACCACAGUGAGGAGGAGAGGCAAAAAAAAAAGCUGAACCAGCUUUCGGUGUCCAUCUCCAGUCCCAUCCUAUGACUCUUCAGUUUAGGCAACACAGUGGCUUCAGAGGGCCAGGCAGCACAAUUAUAUAUAUAUUUUAUUAUAUAGUCUUCAACCACCAUUGCUGUCACAAUUUUGCCACUGAACAACUGCACACAGGGCGACUGGAAAGACCAAAUGACCUACACGAGUGCAAGAUUGAGAAUAUAAAUGGUGGGCAACAUGUGAAACAUUCUUGGACAAGUGAGAAUUCAAAUACUUCAAGCAAAGUAUUUGAAUCCUGCUUUUCUAAUUCAAUGGAAGCAAAAGGAAUAACGAGGGUAAAAGUGUUCAAACAACCAUCUUCUUUUCAAUGAGCCUUAAAACUACCUAUUGUAUUUGUGUUUGAGAGACCUUCUCUAUAACCUUUGAAAAAGAGUCUAUUAGCAUACAGAAAAGAAAGAGCAUCAUCUUGUGCACACAAAUUGUCUAUUAAAAUACCUCAACUUUCUAAAAAUAUUUGCAUUUCUGGAGUGAGGCAGAGUUCCACAUCGUCAAAUCAACAGACCGUUAGAUUAAAGAAGGUCUGGGUUUACGUCAUUCAAGAUUCACUAGUGUCAAGCUGUGAAAGAACGCACUGCACAGUAAGUCACUGUGUUGAAUACUUCUCGUGUCAGUAUUAUUUCACACACGAUAUUUGUGUUCUAAAGAAAGGAAUAUCAUUAUGUGGCCAUAUUAAAAAUCUGCCGAAGCCUUCAUCGGAGCAUAAUAACAUCAGUUACAUCCUACAGACGAUAUUUCAUGAAUAUAACACAACCGGAACGAGUCCAUAGAUCAUGGACGGACACUAUUUUGUAAGUUAAUGUUGAAGUAAAUCUAAAGUAUUUUCAUCACCUGAAGCAGACUCAGCCUAGUAGUAAGAGAUACAUU